AUGCCGCCCUCCCGCUCCAGCAUAACGAGCGACAGCCACGAGCGCCUCGAACCACGGCUCCUCCGCGCCGCAGAGUCAAACGACAUUGACUCCCUCAAAAAGACCCUCGCCCUCGCGCAAGAGUACAACCAACUAAACGACAACUUCCUCCGCAUCGGAUUAAUGCGCAGCGCCGAACGAGCCUGCGUCGCCGCAACAGAAUACCUCCUCACCCUCGGCGCAAAAACAGACGUCCCCUCCAACCGCGCCUCACCACUCCUCCGCGCCGUCGAGCGCGACCACUACGAAAUCGUCCGUCUCCUCCUCGACCACGGCGCAUGUCCCAACUCCGCCGAUAAAGAAGGCCGCACGGCCCUCAUGACAGCAGCAUGGAAGAACCACACCGAUAUCCUGCACCUGCUCAUCAUGCGCGGCGCAGACGUGAACAAGCGCGAUCUGCGCCGUCGGAAUGCCUUGCAUAACCUCGCUGCCGAUAAGGCUUGCCGAUGGGGAUGGGGGGAUGAGGUUGUGGGGUUGUUGCUGAGGACGGAGUGUCUGAUUGAUGGGCCUGGGGGGCAAGAUGAGCUUGGCCGGGAGGGGCGGACUGGACCCGCGGUGAUUGACGCUGUUGAGCUGCGCGGGAAGACUGCGUUGCAUGUUGCUACGGCUCAUGACCGUGCGGAUAUCGUGCAGCUGCUGAUUGCGCACAAGGCGGCUGUUAAUGCUGCUAGCGAUGGUGGCUGGACGCCGCUUCAUAAUGCAUGUGAUAAGGGGUGCGAGGAGAUUGUGCGGAUUUUGCUGAGCGAAGGCGCGCAUAUCAAUGCGCAGCUUUUAAAUGGAAUUACGCCGCUGCAUCUUGCUGCGCAGGGCGGUCAUACCACGGUUGUGCAGUGUCUUCUCGAGAGGCCAGAUCUGAAGCGUCGGGUUAGGGAUAAUUUUGGCAGUACGCCGUUUUUGCGCGCGGCGCAGUUCAAGCGGAAGGAUAUUGUGCUGUUGCUUGCGCCGUUUAACAAUGUCGACAGCCUGUCUGAUGAUGUUAAGGAGGCUUGUGCGGCGUUCGAUGCUACUGUUGUUGAUUUUGGAAACUUUCAUAAUGAGAAUCGGGUUAAGCGCAUGUCGGUGUUUAAUCUGCUUUAUGGGAGGGAUCAGGAGAAUCCUAGAAAACAGGCUGUUACCACCGUGCCGCUUGAUAGUCGUGUGACCGAUUUCCGGUGGAUUCACUUACCGGCGAACAAUAUGGCGUGGGUGGAAGCUCUGCUUACCAAGUCUUUUAUUGAGGAGGGGGCCCAUGAUGUUGAUGGGUUCAAGGGGCUGGAGAAGUCUUUCAACUAUCAGCAUCGGGGUCAAAGAACUCACUCGCACUUUAUGCGGCCGUUGUGUCAGAAUACGCCGCGGACGAUGCUGCGGCGAUAUGAAGAGGAGACUUCGGAGGAGCCUGUGUCUGAUCAUGGGCAGGUGAAGGCUAUGGAUACCGCUGUCCGCAAGCAAAAAGGCACAGGCGGCAAGCCUGACAAGGUGGAAUCUUACUUCCACGAUGAAGGGGCAGGGUCACAUGGGAAAAAGAACAAGAACAACCAGAAGCGUGGCAAUGGCAAGUCGGGCAGCGCACCGGGAACUCCCAAGCAGGAGACGAAAGGGAAGUCGCCGUGGGGCCAGAGAGAGACACCGUCGAGGUCAUCAACUUUUUGCAAAGAUCCUCACCCCCUGGUUUCGGCAUGUAACGUCUGCGUGUUCAUGCCGUAUCUACACUUCGAGACCGCGGAGGGCAGGCAGAAGAUGCAGGAUGCAAUCUCACGGGCGGAAACGCUGGAUUUUGUAUCCAAUAGGAUGAAGCGAAGGCGCACCAGAGACGAAAUGCUCAUCGACGCACAUCUAUCCUCCUCAUCGACCUCCCUCCAUGUCCGCCGAACUCUGGACCAGUUUUUCUACCCAAACAUCGAUACACAGAGUCGUGAUCAGGAUCAAGUGGUGUACCGGUACCAAACAAAAAGCCCCGGGAUGGGGGCAGAACCGAAGAUAUUCAUGGUGGAUCAACUGUGGAUGUGGGUUCUAGGCACGAAUCUGAUUGUAACGGCCUUCCCACAGAGAUGGGACCAGCCCAAGAAUGACCCGCUUAAUGUGCUGGACGGGGUUAUUGAGGUUAUCAAUUCCAAAACCCGAGACCCUGUCAAAUCCGUCUAUGAUCUAGCCAUGAUAAUCACCAAUCGCUGCUCCGGAGUCUUCGACCGACACCGCUUGGGCGACGAGGAGUACCAGUUCCUGAGAUAUGCAUCUGACUGGCUGAAAAGCCACCGGAAGCUGAACGGCUCCUUCAGCUCUCCGCCAAAGUCCUGCAAUGGGACUGACGACAAAGACGAAAGCAGCAACUACUGCGACGAGGACGGCCAGCCACUAUUCGUCGACCGGCUCCUGGAUAUCGGACAGGAAACCAAUCUCCUGGCGGAGACAAAAGACAUCCGAGACGAGCUGAACAUGAUCCGGACGGUGCUGGAGCACCAGAACAAUGUACUUCUUGACUUCCAAGAAGUCAUCUGCGAGACGUACCAAGGCCAGCAUCGUUCACAGUUCGAGGUCAAGAAACGGUUCAAAGACCAGCAGCGCAUGAUCGACAUGCAUCUGAAGGAUAUCGACCGCAUGGAUAAGCAGGCUGAGCGAAUCUACCACUCCAUCACGGAUCUACUCGAUCUCAAACAGAAACACGCAAACGCCUUUGAAGCCCGCUUUGCGCGUGAUCAGGCUGCUGGUACAACCCGCCAGAGCAAGACAAUUAUGGUCUUCACCAUUGUUACUAUUGUCUUCCUGCCGUUAUCAUUUAUCACCUCCAUCUUCACGAUCAACCUGAAAGAAUUCGAGCACUUGAAUCUCGGUUAUGUGGCAAAGUAUACCUUUGGUAUAGGCUUCGCAAUCUCCAUCCCACUUGUCUGGGUCGCUCUCAUGGUUGAUGAUAUUGGUGGUUUCUUCCGUGUGGGUAGUCGACGAUGGCUGUCUAACCGGGGAAAGGCGCCUGCGAAAAGUGAACGGGGUGAGGAAACCCUCCAGGCGUUGGAGAUGGAGAAAAUGAUAAGUCUGUCGCGAAUGCGGAGGAGCAUCGAUGUUGGAUACGGCGGUAGUCUGCUACCUGUUUCUACACGCGGCACGGGGGCGUCAAGGCGACCUGAUCUCUAUGUCGGAGGAUUAGGAAAUGGCACUGUGCGAAAAAGUUACGAUCUGCGGUCUACUGAGGACUACAGAUCACGAUGA